UUUAGUAUUGGACUUGUGCAUAGGAAAUACUAAAUAAAUCAGAUCGAGUCUCUUCGUACUAGCAAUGUUUACAGACUACGUAAUUAAGCUUAUUUGUAGAACAACCAAUCAAAUGAAAAUACUUUAAAUAGCUCGCAAGCAACGAUUCCGGACUAGUUCUUCGCAUUAAAUCACAGCAGAAUGUUCACCCCUCCAAACCGUCACCGACUUCCGUCGGAACUCGAGGUGAUGCCGUUCAUCCUGCGGGCGAUGGAGUUUACCGGUCUUUGGGGAUCGCCGGUUCAGAUUUUUCGAUUCCUGGCGGCGUUUGGCUGGGGAACGAUGAUCAUUCUGUUCCCGAAGGCCGUGCUCGGAAUUGGGAGCAACCGGUUCGAUGAAAUCGCCAAGGGAAUCGGUGAGUUGUUCUUCGAGGGAAAUUUGUACGGAGCGACGGCGAUUUUUGCUUUGAAAAGGACCGCUUUCGAGCAGUUGAUUGACGGAUUAAGGGAGAUAUUUCACAGGGCUAUGAACGGUCCGCACUCUGAUGACUGCUACGAUCUGCUACUUCGUCAAAAUUUAUCCAUCAACAAAUUUCUCAAAGGUUUCGUCAUCUAUUGCUGCUUUGGUCCGUCUAUUUUCUGCGUUCCGUCGCUUGCCGCAAGUCACUUUCGGUAUUGGACGCACUCCGGGAAUCAAUCGGAACCGCUGAUCUUCGAACUACCCAUGGAACAAGAAUUCUACGGUCUUCAGGUCCGCACAAACUUCCUGCACUAUCACAUUUUUGUGCUCUGUUCGCUGUUUGCGUACUCCGUUUGUGGCUAUUUCCUGCUGGUCAAAGUGUCCGCCCUCCUCCUCAUGAUCCAGUACAGUUCGUCUACUUACCGCUUGGUGGAGCUUCGGAUCCGCAAGAUGGCCGAAUCAAAAGAAGUGACCCAAUCCGAGCUGGUGGACAUCGUCGAGCUGCACCGCUUGGCCUACCGCUGCUCCACCCUGGUCGAGCAGAUUUGCCACCUUCCGCUGGCCUUGGCGUUCCUAACCUGCAUCCUGUAUUUCUGCCUUACUUUGUUUUACCUGUCCCAUAACAUUGGCUUCAACCUGGUUAACGUGAUGGUGCUAUUUGGGCUGACUGUGCUGGAAACGUUUGGCUAUUCGUACCUGGGAUCGAAGCUAACGGAGCAGGCCGACGAGGUUGGCGCGGCCAUCUACGAUCUACCGUGGUUCGAGCACUCGGUUGAGUUGCAGCGGUACUAUCGGCUGAUGUUGCAACGCGUCCAGCGGCCUACUGAGAUUACGGGGGCCAAGUUUUUCGUCGUGCAGUUGGCAACAUUCGGCAGUGCGGUGCAAAUGUCGUACUCGUACUAUUUGGUGCUGAAGGAUUUGUUCACUAUGAUAUAAUGAUUCUUGUUAUUUGCAUUUUAAAUCUGUUCCUGAAUAAAAAUCAACUAAUCACUAAUGUGUACUUGUUUAUUCCUUUCAACUGUGAAAAAUACAUGAAAAUUAAGCAAUUUUUUUUUCUUAUCUUGUCAGGUGAGUUAACUAUUGAUAAAUGGCAUAGAUGUACAACAAGAACUUUAAGUAUACUUAAACAGCGUUGCCAGGUUUGUUAGAAUAAACAAAUGCCAUGUACAUGAUCUACUACAGGAAUUGAUAAUUGGGAAUACACUCAACACCCGGUGGUUGGUCACUUUUUCGUUUGACAUUUUUUAUGUUGCACCCCGUUGGUUUGACAAAGUCAAACUAAAAAGUUACGAACUGUCACAUUUUACACGAUGCUCACUCACAGUAUCAAAACAAACGUUUGGUAGGGUGUGUGAACUCUGUGUAAAAGGGGUGUCAAACUAAAAAGUUACCAGGGACAAGGAUAGGGGAUUCGGAAGACGGGACUUUUCAACAGGACAAGGGAAAAUCUCCACGAUAUCCUGAAAUAAGUCUUGCUUGGAGUUGCGUUAGGGAACCUCCCUAAAAUUAUCUCAUUAAGUUCUUGGAUACCCCCGGGUGUCUACAAAACGCCUCAAAAUCCGUCUGUAACCACAUCGAACCAGACUCCCGUGGAAUCCUUCGCAGUUCACUGCCACCGCGCGAUGACCUAACCGCAAACCACGACGACGCUUCUGGUUUGUUGUUGUGUCACCCGACACGUCUCCUCUAAUUGACUGUUUCGACCCGAUCGCCGCCGUCUACGAUCCACACAUGUGAGCGACAAACAAUUGGGGCCCGGCCGGCUGCGAUCUCGAUCGCUCCGAGAGAGUUGAGCAAAUUAUGUAAAUUGCCACAAACGACCGACUUUUCUUCGAUUUGUACCUCCGCGGAGUUGGGUGAGCGCGAGAUUUAUCGUUUAGAUAGGUUUGUUGGGCCAACCGCUAAGGGUUAGUUAAGGGGAAAUCAUAGGGUUUGGCGUCUGGGGCGUUAUCGGGAACCUCGUGAUGUAAUUCCAUUUCCGCGUGAUUUGAUUGUUUGUGGGUGGUGUGGUGAUUUGGCCGCGAAAUUGGACGAAAUCUGCCCCACUCGCAAGCCGUAAUAGACUUGUUGAGAUAAUGUUCUUAAGUCUGUACCGUCGGACAUAUGGAUGAAUCGCUCAGAAGAGUGUACAAUAAUUGCUAAUAAUAUUUCCUCUUUUUCCCCCAUCACUAAAAGCAUACCAAUUAUCUCGAUCUUUGUUUCCCCUUCUUUUGCUACUCUCAUCCCGGGUUAUUAAACGCAGUCCGACCAACAUAUCUCAGCUCUUUUCGAGUGAAAAAUGCUGUUUAUCAUCAUCAGUAGCGCAGUGCAGCAUUCCUGCAAGAUGCGCGCCGAGAACAGCCAACUCUUUGUAGCGCGAGAUUCACACACAUGUUCUGCAGAGACCUUCUUGGCGAUCCCAACCUCCCAACUCCCAAGCGGAAUAAAUUAAAAUAAAUUUAAUAAAUUCAAUUCGUCGCGGUAGCCGCGCAAGGUCGAGUUCAAGAUCUGGAUCAACAGCGCGCGGCAAACUUUAUGGUAAUUGGGCUUACUGCCGGACGUCACGAUCGCCCGGUUUUCGAAACCGCAACCGAACCGUUACAGAGACUGGGAUCGACACGAGAGUGACAUCUGCCAGCAAGACCGGCAGCUCGCGGAACUGGUUUUCUUCGAUAAAAAUGAAGAAAAGGCACGCACGCUCGAGAGCAAAUAAUUGGCUGGAAGCUUGUCAAUCGGGACGCGGAUCGAAGAGGUCGUAAAUCUCCUGGCGGAGAUUAGAAGGAGGCAGUCGGG